GGUUUUAUGAUCUGUGUUGGCCUUUUUAAAAUUUUAUUUCAGUUCUUGAAUGGGUAAGAAAUGUAUUCAAAAAAAAGAAAGAAUCUAAAAAUUCAGCGUGUAUAAAUCCAACACAAACCCAUCCUGACAGUGGACCGAUCUGAGUAUGUUGCACAAAUAUCCAUAUGAAUCAAACUUUAACUUAACACCUAUUACUUUAGGAUUAUUUUUUUUAAAAUGUGCAUCAACAAACUUGUUGUAAAAUAUCCAAACUUUAAGCAAACUUUCACAACAACAACAACAACACCUCUUUAUCUCUUACUAUCUUUGAUGGGUACAUUCCUCACUGUGGAUCUUUCUCACAUAGGCCAUUAAGUAGAUAUUUGAAAAUAAAAUCCUCUUAAUUCGCUCUUGUACCGUAGCCUAUGUCCUGUCUCCGAUUAAUUAAGGUAAUUUGUUUCAUCGCUGUUAUUCUGGAUUAUACGGGAUCGCUUCAUUUUUAUUUAUCUAAACGUUGAAUCCAUUCAGAUGGAUUCGGAGAUUUUAAUAUCAAAGCCAUCUCCUAACAGAGAAAUAAUUCAAACGAACCCGAUGCUUUAUAAUUCAUGUAGGAGGUGAGCAAAUCAUAGUGUUACAGUGUAGCUCUAAUGUAUUUACAGCAAAAGGCAGUGACUUGUGCCUAUUUAGCAAUGUAAAUAUGGCAUUUUAAUGUGAACUUAAAACUGUUGAAUUGGACCAUUAAUGUUUUCCACCCAAAAAUGUUUGAUUUCACUUGAACGCAGGCAAACAUAGGGGAUCUGCAGCGGAGGAGAGUCUCUGGGUGUUUGCGUCAAGACACGCCCACUACUUUGGGAAGAAUCAAGGUCAUUCACAAACUCACUAUCAGCUGCGCGUAAUUGUCCGCGCCAGCCAAUGGGCGAAGAGAUAAGGCCCUCUCCAACACCCGCAGCUGUGCUCAGGGAAACCUGUGGAGGUUUUACGCAGGAGACGAGCAUUUUGAGCUUGAAGGUGAGGUGAGUGGAGGUGGUGUGAAAGGCAGGACUUGAUGGAGUAGGCCGCGGGCGCACCGGCGUUUAUGUUGCACCAAGAGGGACACUGCACACAAAACCCCUUCCGAAACGGACCGUACUCGGGCAGUCAGAGCGCCGUCCCUCUGACCACUCUUUUGGUCUGUGCGUAAACCUUAAAACGGAUGAGCGGGUCAGAAAUCCAUCCCUGCUAACUUUCCACUUCGGACGCGUACUCGUCGAUAGGCUCCCACGCCGUUUGGAAGAUGUCCGAUAGAUCGCAGAGUCCGGAGUACCAGAGCAGGCCGUAUGACUUCAGCCGGUCCAACCCUUGCACCCAGCUCUUUGGCCAGGAUGGUUUGGGCAACGCCGCCUCGUUCCAACUUCCUCAUGGCGUUUUGCCAGACCCCAGCCUCCUCUACAACAAGUCCGCCUACGGGGGCCUCACGCCGUCCUCUGCGCAGACCUUUUUCGCGUUCCCACCCAUGGCCGGUGACUACAGGGGAUCCGACCUGCAGACUGGGGAGUUUGGGCAACCCAAGCACUGGUAUCCCUUCGCUGCGCCCGAGUACACCGGCCAGGUACCCGGCGCGACCGCAGCGACCCAGCCGACAAACCUGAGUCCCCCCAUAGCCGAGACCAGGGAGCAAAUCAAACUGCCCGAAAUCAAGACCGAGAAGGACACUGGAGAGGACUACUCCGCCGAGAUGAAGGGUCAGCAGUACCCGACAGCCCCGGCCUCCGCCGCCAUGCACCACGGAGUCUUCUACCCGGCGGCCUGGAACCCGUCCUUCUGGCCUGGGAUCGCCCACAUCACCCCGCCCGGCAACAACGCUCAAAACCCCUCAACUUCGUCUGCGUCUUCGCCAUCUAUGUCUCCAUCGCCCCCGAGCAACGGGCUUCCGGGAAACGCGUUUUUCAGCGUGAACACAACCCAGGCUGCCCCCGGGCCCCAGGCGCAGAACCCGGCCUCCUCCACCCGGAGCAGCGGCUCUUCCAGCGGCGGCUGCAGCGACUCAGAGGAGGAGAACCUCUCCACUGAAGAACUGGAGCAGUUUGCUAAGGAACUGAAACACAAGCGCAUUACCUUGGGUUUCACUCAAGCAGACGUUGGCCUGGCCCUGGGUAACCUCUAUGGUAAGAUGUUUAGCCAGACGACCAUUUGCCGCUUCGAGGCCCUGCAGCUGAGCUUCAAGAACAUGUGCAAGCUGAAACCUCUUCUUCAGAGAUGGCUGAAUGAGGCCGAGACCUCGGAGAAUCCCCAGGACAUGUACAAGAUUGAGAGAGUAUUUGUUGACAGCAGAAAGAGGAAGAGGAGAACCAGUCUGGAGGGAGCAGUGCGCUCUGCUCUGGAGUCUUACUUCAUCAAGUGUCCCAAACCCAACACCCAGGAGAUCACACACAUUUCAGAUGACCUGGGCCUGGAGAGAGAUGUGGUGCGCGUUUGGUUCUGCAACCGAAGACAGAAAGGGAAGCGACUGGCUUUGCCACUGGAUGAGGAGUGCGACGGCCAGUACUACGAGCAGAGUCCCUCCCCACUGAACAUGGCCCCUUCCCCCAUUCCCGGUCAGAGCUACGCCAGCUACCCCGGAGCCCCUCCUCCCACACUGUACAUGCCCCAGCUUCAUCGGCCCGAUGUCCUGAAACAAGCCCUUCACCCCGGACUUGUCGGCCACAUGACUGGAUAAACAUGCUCAGGUAGUUCCCGCCGAAACCCACAGAUUACAUUCCCAAGCCUUUCCAUCCAACCCCUAACCCGAGCAGUGGAUCAGGAGAUGGAAACGGUUGAGUUGAGGGAGGAAGCUCUCCUGUUGUCUGCAGCGAUAAGAUGGAUCCAAAUAGCGUCUUUUUUUUCCUGUUCUUACACUGAAAAUAAACAAAUUGCCGUGGGCCACAUCCAACCACGAACCGGACGCUCCACACCGACAAGUUUGCCUUUUGUGAUCCUGGAUUAAUCAUAGUAAGUUAUUCCACUGGCUUUAAUAGUUUCAUGUUUAGAAUAAAGUAAGAUUUGGUACAACAGCGUAGUCAAGUCGUGAAGUGAGGACGUAAGUACGAGCAGUGUUAAAGAACUGGGGGGUAUUCCUAAACCCAUGGUAGGUUUUCUGUUGUGCAAAUGCGGACAGAUCUGGGUUAUUGAGGGAAUUAAUAUUCUUUUUGAACAGAAUUCAAUCUUUUAAGGUUUGGGUCAGCGUUUGUGCGAUACUUGUGUCCUACCAGAAAAGUACAGCUACCGUAUUUGUCAAAUCUGUCUUCCAUUAUAGUGGAAAACACAUUCUUAUUGGGGUGAUUUUUUUCCAUGGAUUUUGCACAAAGUUGCUUUUAUAAUGUUGAAUAUUCUUUUUUUGAAAAUGUCCGUUUGUACAACAAACCCACUUUUUAUGUCCUAUACUUGUCAAUCGCCAUCGACAUCUUGAGCCAAUAUUUUGAGCAACAAUGGAGGAUGGUGGGAUUCACAGUAAAAAAAAAAUCUCGGGAAUGUGAAUGUUUUGUUGUUAAGAAUGUCUUUGAUGCCAUUUGCACUGUCAAUAUUUUUUCUAAAUGUCAGGUGAAUGGCAGCGAGAAAAAUGACUGACUUGAUCCGUUAUUGUCAAGUUGACGAACUCUGCUCACAUACUUAACUUUGAUUGUAUUGUCGAGGGUUAUGUUAAUGCUGAAUAACAGUCAAUACUAAGUCAAGUUCUCACUGAACUGUAUUUUAAAGAGUUGCUUUUAAGUCGCAUGACCAUCAUUUUUUAGAAAUGAAGACAUUAAAUGUCUCUUAUUCUGCUUCACAAUGCCUCGCAUGACUGAAGUCUCUAAGUGACCAUGAAAUCAACUUACAGACGACGCUGGACUCAUCUCUCGAUUUGUUUUUCUUCAACGCAUUGUCUCAACAGAUUGUAAAUGGAUUAUUGUAAUUUAUUGAAAUGUUGGCUACACUGAGACGAUUUUACCAAAAAUACCUAGAACCUAAAUGUAUCUGCACAAUUGAACAUUUUUCCUUGAAAAUUGUAUAUGCAAACUACUGAAUUAUUUUCUUUUCCCCAGUAAAUAUUUGCACAUGUUCCACAGUAAUUUUCUCUUGCGUGCUUCUGCGGUGCUCCACCAACAAUCAAUUUUGGUUAAACCCGAGACAGUUUUGAACACAUUGAGCUUCUGAUUGUAACUCUUGGCGUUUCCUGCAAUAAGACUCGGCGACACAUUCAUUCAAGU